UUAAUUUUCCUCUCUGUGAUUUUGAAAUUCCCCAGAUCCAAUUACAAGACUCUCAAAAAACUCCUUAAUUCAUCUUAAACUGAAGAAUUAAAAUCUACAAAAACUCAAAUUCGAGAGAGAUUCUCUUGUUACCUUUGUUUGAUCGAGUUUUUUUUUCUUUGAUCUGUGGUUUAUAUUUGGAGAUUUUCACUCUUAAUCACUCAGAUUGAUUUCUACUUCAUCGAUCUAUCUGUUGAUUUGAUUCAACUUCAGUUAUUCCCAGAAAUUAGGGUUUUGUUUCAUUAUUUAGUGUUUGUGUGUGUGUUUGUAUUGUUUAGAUGAACGAUCAAUCUAAGCUCAUGAAUCCGCCACCACCAUCACAGAUGAUAUCUCAACUCCCGCCUCAUCCGCAGAGGAUGAAUCCCCCGCCGAAUCCGGUUCAGCCUCGGAUUAUGAACCAUCCGAUAAUGAAUAUGAACAUGCCGCCACAGGUUAUGAUGAACAACAACCAACCUCUGAUGAUGAAUCCACGGAACUAUAACCCUAACCCUAGCAUGAGCUCGGAGUAUCAAAACCAGCCUAACAACUUCGGAUCUAAAACGAACCGGAGCAACAAUAAUUGGAAAGGGAAGAAGAUCUCAACCGAUCAGAGACCACCACCACCGAUGAUGAGGAUGUACAACAACACUCCGCAACAACCUGGCGGUUACAAGCCACCGACGCUCAACGAGCUUCAAUCUCAGAACAGAUUGAAAACGAAAAAGUUUUACCCGAAGAAGAAGUAUGGUAACGGUAACGGCAAAAACCGUUACGUUCCUUACGCUCCGAGGAACACGACGUCGUUUAUCAUCCGAGCGAAGAAAUCCGGCGGAAUCGCUGAGUUAGUGUCUCCCUGCCCCGUGACGCCGGCGAUACUUCCGACGCCGAUGUUUUCUCCGUCGAGGGAGGUGUUGGGUGAUAUGGCGAAGGAGGAGUGGGGUGUUGACGGUUACGGAUCCAUGAAGGGGCUGAUUAGGCUGAGAUCUGAUGGACAUGAUGAUGAUGAUGAUGAUGAUGAGGAUGGAGAUGAUGAGAGUGAUGUGGAGGAGCAUGUUGAGGUUGAGAGGAGGUUGGAUCAUGAUUUGAGUAGGUUUGAGAUGAUUUACCCGAGUUAUGGCGGUGGUGGUUUUGAGUAUAACAAUGUGUUGGAGAAUAGGGUUGAUGAUCAGGAUAGUCAUAUUGCUCAGCUUGAGGACGAGAAUUUGACGUUGAAGGAGAGGUUGUUUCUGAUGGAGAGGGAGUUGGGUGAUUUGAGGAGGAGGUUGCAGUAUCUUGAGAGGAGGAGUAUGGUUGAAGAGGUUGUGGAGAAUGAGUCUGGAAGUGAGGAGGGUGAUGACGACACUGGUGGGUCUGAUUCACGUACUAGUGGUGAUGGAAAGGGAAAACAUGGAGAUGGGGAAGAUAGUUGUAUGCAGGAUAAAGAAGUCAAUGAAGAUAAGAGGAAUGUGGAUGAAGUGAAACUUGAAGGUAAGGAGGAAGGUGAGAAGGAGUUUAGGGAUGUUUCAGGUGGAGAAUGCGAGGGAGUCAAUGGUGUUAUGGUUGGUAUGGAUCAGAGUAAGGAAAGUGAUAUGGCAAUUGAGAAGCUUAAAGAUGCAUCUGAGAAUGAUGAUUCUGUUGGAGAACAGAAAACAACCAUAUGAUUAUGGUACUUGCACGGGAACUUAUGAUGAUAGGUGGAUGAGAGUGGUGAUGCAUACCAAUUCCCCAUGGAUAUCUGCAGCUCUAUGAUGUAUAUGUCAAAGUGUGCUUGUCUUAGUAGUCGUAGUCUAUAGCUUUCUCAUCACUUUUAGUAUCAAGAGAGAGUCAGGAGAGUCGCUUUCCAGGUGAAGUUCGUGUGAAGUUGUCAUGGUAAAGCUUUCUCUUCUGGUUCAGAUCGUUUUUACUUUUAAUGACCUGGUUGGUUGAUCUUGUUAAGCUCUCCGGUUAAUAAGAUUGUUGUAAAAGCAAGGAUUAUUGUAGUGAAAGAGCUUACGGAUGAUAGGGUUUUAAGUUUCUUUUUUUAAUGCAUUUUGCAUGUUUCACUUUUAAUAGCACAAGAAGAAUAUAUAUUUCGCUUGGGUUUGAGACAGUUGCAGAGAGCUGAGCUUGAAGAGAACCCUCUCACUACUUCUGGGAGAAUGAUGUCAUGUCUAUUUGGGCCCAUAUGGGUCAGGUAGUUGGGCUAUUUAAUGUCAGUUAUACAUUCCCAAAUAAUUUGAGAUAAAAGAGGCCUAUUUACCUUUUAUUUAUUGUCUGGGUCUCACUUGAAUUAAUCAGUAUUUC